GUACCCCAGACCUUGGCUCCGCAUCGAAUCACGGACCCAUUCGUGUCAUUGUCAUCCACCAUCACCUUCCCUUCCGGCCAGCCUGUCGCCAUCCCGCUGCUGCAUCGCGCACCUGACCGCCCACCAAUUCUGUCCCGAGACCACGCCAACCACAACCACCCCCCCCCCCCGGUCCAUCCGCCAGCAACCCCUGGCCCUCCACCCGAUGGCGGUCUCAAAGCCAAGCCCACAGGCAGGUCGUCUGCAACCUGUUCUGUGCACGGCAGACUACAAAGCCAUGGCGGCCGACGAGCCAUCCCGGCCUUCGACCCCGGACCGAGUUUCUCGCUCUUCCUUCUCGUCCAUCCGUGAACACGACAACACGCUCCCCCAAACAUUCUCCCAGUCCAAGAUCUCGUCCUACUUCGGAGUCGAUAGCGACGAGGCCAUCGACGACACACCGCCCCCUCCUUCGUCCGCCAACCCGAGCUCCUCUAGCACGUCGGCCCGGGGCAUCAACAUGAUCCAGGCCCGGUUCCAGCCUCCCAUCACUCAGCCCAACAGCAAGCUCCUCGGCUACUGGACCCCGGCCGAAACCUUCCAAGGAUGGAAGGCCAUCCAGGUCAAGGGAAAGCUCGCCAGCAAGAGCUUUGGUGAUCUUCAGGUCUUGAACCAGGUCUUUAGCAGUCAUAACCCAACUCGCCCGACUAAGCGCGGCCAGAACAGACCCGGCGAAGCCCCGAUCGAGCGGUUGCCGACAGAGAUAUUGACCGCCAUCAUCAACCUCCUUGCUCUUGACGUGCCUCCCAAUGGCGUCACAAGGCGCAAUAUCGACUUGAUGUCGCUCCUGCUGACGUCCAGGACGUUGCACGUCGCGACCCUUAGCACCCUGUACAGCAAAAUCACGAUACCCCACUCUCGAAUUUUUCAGAAGUUUCUAGCCCACAUCUCUGCCCACCCGAACCUGGGCACCAUCGUGCGGCGGCUAGACUUCUGCCACUUCAACCCUAAUCAGCUCUUCCUGACGGCUGCGGAGCGCUCAAAGGCACGCAACCUGACGUCGGAGACGCUGCUCCAGUGCCUGGAGCUGACCCCGUAUCUCCAAGAGUUCCUCGCGCAGGAGUACAUCGACGGAGACCUGGAUCCGGCCGUGUUACAGAAGCUCUUCCUGGGCCUCCCCCAGCUAGUGGCCCUCGACUUUUGCGGCUGCACGUCGAACUCGUUCAAGGAGUCGUUUGUGUCGAUCCUCUCGCCCAACUGGCCCAAGGAGCUGACGGUGCGCCGGCUGUCGCUGCACAAGUGCUUGACGCUGCCGUCGUCCGUGUUCGAGACCAUCCUGCCCCGGCUGGCCCGGCUUACGCACCUCGACGUCGCCGGCACCCGUGUCACUGACGCGGCGCUGGCCUCCAUCCCGCCAACCGCCACCCUGACGCAUCUGAAUCUCACCAAGUGCACGUUGCUGUCGGCCCGGAACGUGAUCGACUUCCUGGCGAACCACCCGGCCGCGAAGGGGCUGCAAUUCUUGAGUCUGGCGACGGAUGCCCGAAGCCAUCAGACCUUUGACGCCGACCACAUCACCGAGCUCCUCCCGCUCCUUCCCAGGACGCUCAGGUCGCUCAACCUGAAGGGCAGCAAGAUGACGGCGUCGCACAUUGACCUGCUGCGGCCGUUGACUAAGCACCUGGAGGAACUCGCCUUGGGCCGGUCCUUGACGCUACGUGAUGUCAACCGACUUCUCGUACCUGACGAGGACGGCGAUGACGUGGCGAUGCAGGUUGACUGGGUGCCGCACACGCUCCGGUACAUUGACCUUUCGGACCUCUGGGGCCAGGAGCUGGAUAUGGUGUACCUCUUCGGCACCUCCUGCGCCAUCCUCAAGUCGUAUUCUGAGCCGCUAGAGGUCGUCGAGCUCGCCGAGGACGUCUGCCGGCGCGUUAGCAAGUCGACGACCGCCCUGCAGCGCAUCGGCUGGCACCUGUCCGAGUGCGGCAGCCGCGGCUGGCUGGUGAGGCAGCCCAGCAAGAGCCACGGCUCGGGUCCUGCUACGCGAGACGACGGCCGCCGCAGUUGGAAGAUGGGUGCCGAGUCGUGGGGAAUGAGGAAGAUACCCGUUGCUCAUGCCGAGGUCGGAGGCAUGUAUGGCAGUUUCAUGUUUUCGCGAAAGCUCUGAAGCGCUGUUUCGAUCUGGUUGUGUUAUUCACGGCGUCGUUAUUCUCUCAUCCUGUCAGCUGCAUCUGCUCUUCGUCAUUGAUCCGGGCUUUUUUUUAAAUACCAUGGCAAGCGAACCGAGCGGCGUUUCUUUCUUCCUUUGGCGUUUUGU